CAGAGAAGAGGCAGAAUGACUGACACUGAUGUACAGUUAAAAAGUAUUGAGUAUAAAAAUAGUCAUGGAAUGGACAACCUGGGAUAUCAAGCGGAUGAGGAAAUGACAACAGAUCAACAAACUGAGCCUGAAGAGGAGUAUGAGAAAAAUGAGCCCAACUCAUUUUUAAGUAAAGUAUUCAAACCCAUCACGGAUACAGAAAAAUUCUUGAAGGCUCACUCUCGAAUCAUCAAAUAUAUAGCCCUGGGGAUUCUUGGUGCAGGCUAUGUAGCAUACUUUGUUGCUGCAUGCUGGCUAAACUUCCAGAGGGCUAUUGCUCUUGUUGUCCUUACCAGCCUGGCAGUGUUCUUUACAGCUUACGAUCUUAUAAAGAAGUACAAGGGAGACAGUAUAAAGAACUUUUUUAAGCCUGCUCUGAGAUGGUUUAAAGCCAAUAUCCGGUGGUUAAAAUGGAUUUUUAUAUUAGUGGUGAUUGGGCUGUUGGUGACGUGGCUGGUAGUGGACACGAGCAAGAACCCUGAGCAGCUCAUCUCCUUUGGGGGUGUCUGCCUCUUUGUUUUUGGCUUGUACAUCUUCUCAGCACAUAGACAUGCAGUGCGCUGGAGGACACUAUUCUGGGGUCUUGGAUUACAAUUUGUCAUAGGAUUGUUUGUCAUAAGGACUAAUCCAGGUUUAAUAGCUUUUGAAUGGCUUGGAGCCCAAGUUCAGACAUUUUUAAAUUACACCUAUGCUGGCUCAUCAUUUGUGUUUGGCAGUCUGGUUGAUUCAGGAAUCUUUGCAUUUCAAGCUUUGCCAAUAGUUAUAUUCUUUAGUAGUGUUAUGUCAGUUCUGUACUUCCUUGGAGUGAUGCAGUGGAUUAUCAUCAAGAUUUCCUGGAUUAUGCAAAUAACAAUGGGAACCUCUCCUACAGAGUCACUAAGUGUUGCAGGGAAUAUAUUUGUUGGACAGACUGAGGCACCACUGUUGAUUCGUCCCUAUCUCAAAGACAUGACCAAGUCCGAAAUUCAUGCUGUCAUUGUUGGAGGUUUUGCUACUAUUGCUGGCAGCGUGAUGGGAGCUUUCAUUUCAUUUGGGAUUGAUGCGUCAUCUUUAAUUGCUGCCUCUGUGAUGGCUGCUCCAUGUGCACUGGCCAUGUCUAAACUCUCAUAUCCUGAAACAGAGGAGAGCAAGUUUAAAUCUGACGACAAAAUUAAAAUAGAUGGCGGUGAUGAACAAAAUAUCUUAGAGGCUGCUUCUGCAGGAGCAUCUGCAUCUAUUGGGCUUGUGGCUAAUAUUGCUGCUAACUUGAUUGGAUUUCUAGCCAUUUUGGCUUUCAUCAAUGCAGCUUUGAGCUGGCUGGGAGGCAUGGUGGGAUAUCCAGAAAUAACCUUUGAGUGGAUCUGCUCAUAUGUAUUUAUGCCAGUGGCUUUUAUGAUGGGUAUUCCGCUGGAUGAGUGCUUAACAGUGGGUGAACUUAUUGGCACAAAACUCUUCCUCAAUGAGUUUAUUGCUUAUGAGAAACUGUCAACACUGAAAAACAAUCGACUAAAUGGCAUAACCGAAGUGGGAAAAUACAUUUCAGUUAGAUCAGAACUCAUCAGCACUUAUGCUUUGUGUGGUUUUGCCAACUUCAGUUCUCUUGGAAUUGUGAUUGGAGGAAUGUCUUCCAUCUGUCCCUCAAAGAAAAGUGACAUUUCUUCCUUAGUGAUCAGAGCCUUGCUCACAGGCACUUGUGUUUCUCUGAUCAAUGCCUGUAUUGCUGGACUUCUUUUUGUCACUCCGCUGGACUGCAUAGACGUCUUUAAAAAUUCUGUUUUCAAUGCCACUGAUGUUAAUGUACAAUCUUGCUGCAUUGAUCUUUUUCAAAGCGCUGUAAGGAAUGACACAUUGGUUUCUUUUGAGGGGUCUUGGAGUUUGGUGAAAAAUGCCUCUGUAUAUUUCACAGAGUGCUGUAAUCUCUUUAACGAAACUAAGUGCAUCUAGAACAACAUAAACAUUAUGUCAAGUCAAGUCAACUUUAUUUAUAUAGCGCUUUUUACAAUAGACAUUGUCUCAAAGCAACUUUACAAAAUCCAGGACCAACAGAUACAAAAACCCCUGUUGAGCAAGCCGAGGGCGACUGUGGCAAGGAAAAACUCCCUGAAAAUUACAGGAAGAAACCUUGAGAGGAACCAGACUCAGCAGGGCCCAUCCUUCUUGGGUGGCCUGGAGGAUACUUUAAAUAAAUACACGAUUUACACAAAGCAUACAAACACAGAAUUAAAUUAUCUAAAAGUUAUAACUGGCAAUAAAUAAAUAAAUAAAUAAAUAAUAAUAGAGUUGUUAUUCGCUCUAGUCUUCAAUACAGUCUGUAGUGAUUUCUUGUCAUUCUUGGUGCAAUUACUCCAGACACGUCACAUCCGGCAGGAGCAGCAUCGUUGUCACGGCAGUCUCGACUUUUAAU